UAAAGUUCUUUGUUGGAGAGAGGUUAAGCAAAAUAGUGUAAGAAGAUGGGUAAGGUCAGAUGCUAUCUUGGCUUGGCUGGGGUGUAUAGGGCACAUUACAAAAACUUCAUUGCCUUAACUUUUUGGUUACAUUGCUGUAAGUACUAGGAUGUUGCUGGUGCAGUGGCUCACGCCUGUAAUCGCAGCAUUUCUAAGAUCAAAGCCGGGUGAUCACUUGAGCUCAGGAAUUCAAGAACAGCCUGAGUGACAUGGCGAAACCCCAUCUCUACAAAAACAUAAAAGUGAGCCAGGCAUGGUGGAGAGUGUAUAUAGUCCCAGCUGGGAGUGUGGAAGGAUCGCUUGAGCCAGGAAGAUCGAGGCUGCAGUGAGCUGAAAUCGUGCCACUACACUCUAGCCUGGGUGACAGCAAGACCCUGUAUCAAAAAACAAAAGUACUUUUUAAAUGAUUUUCUUGUUAAAAUACCUUUUCCCAUGAUAGACAAAUGUAGUUUAUAUUGGUUUGCUUGUAGUCAUUGGUAUCUCACCUACCAUUUGCUAAUAGCUGAGUUGAAGGUGCUAAAAACUCAGCUGUAUUAAUCCACUCUUGCUUUCAGAAAGUAAUGUCUAAAUGAAAAGCACUACUGCUUGAAUAAAGAGUAUCCUUAGCUAAAUUCCCAGAGUAGUUUGUUGAGCUGGGGGCUUGCCAAAGCUGUGUUAAAUUACAAAAAUGUCUGGAUAAACUGAUAUUCAAGAGAUUUUGAGAGUCUUGUUGCCCAGGCUGGAGUGCAAUGGCACGAUCUCGGCUCACCGCAACCUCCGCCUCCUGGGUUCAAGCGACUCUCCUGCCUCAGCCUCCCAAGUAGCUGGGAUUACAGGCAUGUGCCACCAUGGCUGGCUAAUUUUGUAUUUUUAGUAGGGACGCGGUUUCUUCAUGGGCAGGCUGGUCUCGAACUCCCGACCUCAGGUGAUCUGCCUGCCUCACCCUCCCAAAGUGUUGGGAUUACAGGCGUGCGCCACCGCGCCCAGCCUGAGAUUUAUAUAUUUAAGAUGUGAUAAAAUAGUAGUAAUCAAAACUUACAUGUGAAGAAUAGGCUUCUACUUCGACAGAAAGGUCAUUUUUACCUGCCAACCUGUGCCAAGUUGCCAGGAUACAACUGGACAAAUCAGAGUCCUCUUUAAGGAAACAUGAUUUUACACAGAAUACUAGGUGAGGGUAUAUAGUCAAUGUCAACAUUUUCCUCCAUCACUAUCCUAUCCAAGGUGAUAGAAUUUUUUUUUUCUAGUGCAUGUUACAUUCAGACGUCCAAGUGUUACAGGUAAAAUGAGUAAGAACCUGAAAAUGUAAACUAAAAUCAAUAUAAGAAAUAUGUAGGCCGGGCGCGGUGGCUCACGCCUGUAAUCCCAGCACUUUGGGAGGCCGAGGCGGGCGGAUCACGAGGUCAGGAGAUCGAGACCAUCCUGGCUAACACGGUGAAACCCCGUCUCUACUAAAAACAACAAAAAUUAGCCGGGCGAGGUGGCGGGCGCCUGUAGUCCCAGCUACUCGGGAGGCUGAGGCAGGAGAAUGGCGUGAAUCCCGGGGGGCGGAGCCUGCAGUGAGCCGAGAUCGCGCCACUGCACUCCAACCUGGGCGACAGCGAGACUCCGUCUCAAAAAAAAAAAAAAAGAAAUAUGUAAAAUACAGGCUUUUGCUCAUAAAAGCAAAAUGUUAAGAUUUUGCAUUGGGAAGAGUCAUUUUUUGUAAUGUUUUAUUUAGGGAAUUACUGGGGAAGUAAAGUCAUUAUACCCAACUUGAAUGUAAAGCUAUGCUUGCUAAUUUUUGGAGAAUAAAAUGUCUGGGCUAAAUGUUGGCUUUUAAUAAAGUGGAGCUGCCCAUUGUCAUUACCCUUGAGUCUUAGGUAACCUGGGACCCAGAAGAAGCUAGAAAUAAACACUACCUGUUCUCACUACAGCAAGUUUAGCUUUACUCAGGAAGACAAUUUGACCACUGGGAAAGCAUUUUAUUAAAACGUUUGUUUCUAUUGGCCCAAAGGAUAAUGCGUGCAUCAGUAGGCUUUCUCGGUGCUUACAGGUGGUGGUUUGGCAAUAAUUGAGUGGAGGGAUUCUUUUUUUUUUAACUCUUCUACAACCUAGCUGUAUUGUUGGCAGAUUUGAAUGUAUUCACUUAAUAUAUUAAAUGUUUAAUAUUAAAUAUCAACUUAAAAUGUUUAGUUUUUUUAUUUUUUUGAGACGGAGUCUUCCCUCUGUCACCCAGGCUGGAAUGCAGUGGCACAAUCUCGGCUCGCUACAACCUCCGCUUCCCGGGUUCAAGCGAUUCCCCUGCCUCAGCCUCCCAAGUAGCUGGGACUUCAGGCCCAGUAGAGACGGGGUUUCACCAUGUUAGCCAGGAUGGUCUCGAUCUCCUGACCUCGUGAUUUGCCCGCCUCGGCCUCCCAAAGUGCUGGGAUUACAGGCGUGAGUCACCGCGCCCGGCCAAAAUAUUUAAAGACAGCAUGACAGGAGAGUGGGGCUUGCCUGACACGUAGACCAGUUUCCUGGGUUCGUAGAGGGUGCAUUUGGUCUUCUGCUCUCACUGCCCCACCCCAUGGGGGAAGACGUGCAUCUCCAUUUUUAAAUUCCUCCUUUGAGCUAUAGUGGCAAACUCAGCAACUAAGUAGAUCCCAAGCCUGGUAGUUUCUUUUUUCUUGUGGGCCUUGAGAGCUCAUGUCCCCGCACCUGGAAUCUUUGAAGGAUGACAGGCCAUCUGGGAAUUACUGCGUGUGCACACACACAAAAACACGCCCCUAACACCAGAGGCUGGCUGUAUGAUUCUGUUUUCGAGCCUAUUGUAUUCACCUGUCUGCCCGUCAGCUACUUCUAGGAGCGUCAAAGGGCCUCACCCAGAGACUACAGACCCCCUGGUGGAGAAGUGUACUAGGCCGUGUCUGCAGCUGGAGCCCUCGGCCUGAAAUGUUCUGGCUUUAGCAAAGCGGCGACAGUGUCCAACCCCAGUCCACGAGGAGGGAUGUCAGCCCUGGGCUCCUGUGAGCGCUGCAGAUUCGUCCCAGGAAAGGGUGACCGGGGUCGCUGCUCCGGGAUUACCAGCUAAAUACCUGUAUUAGCAUCCUCAGCACGCACUGGGAGACGCAGCUCAAGUCCGCUCCCCUUCUUGUACCCUUAUAUAUAUUUGGUGCAAAAUGAAGAACCUUUUCCCCUACGUUUGUGUAAAAAUAUAUGUAAAUAAAGCUUUAAAAUAGUGUUACCGACCCCCUUUUCCACUCGCAAUAAGGUUGACUAUAUAUGCUGAUAAUUCCAGAAAAAUCUCGACUCUUCCUUGAGUAGUCUGGAGCUAGCAGGUGCAAGUUUAGAAACAAUAACUCAUUACUGAGGGAGGCACUGAAAAUUUUAUAACUGUUAACUGGAAUCUAAAUUUCCAUGUGAAUGGGCUGUCUCUGGUCCCGUGUCAAGAAACUAAUAAUUUUCCAAAAGCCUGAAAAUAUGCUUUUAUGAUGUCGGGAGUCUCAAGGUAAACGUAAAAACGGACUCCUUUACCCCUUUGGAUGUCUCGGAUGAACUCUCAACUGUCCACCAGCUCCCCCUACACGUGGCUUCUUAGAAAGCGUGGAAAAGGGAAAAAUGAAAAGAGAAACUGCCAGGACUUAAGAUGUCUGCUUAAAGACCCCUCGAACUGCAAUUAAGGGUCUACCCGCUUCCAAAAUGUCCACCCGCAGUCCUGACGUCACUGGAUCGGCUCCAUCAAGCCAGAAAACGAGAGUGCGCUCCAAUCAGGGCUCAGUCCCCGCCCUUGGCUUGCGUCACUUCCGGUGGUGCAGCAGCCAUUUUGUCAGUCGCCAGCGGAUCCCGCGCGCUGGGGAAGUGCAGUUCCCCCUGGUUACCAACUCGUCCGCUUUUCCUUCGGACUAAGGGAGCCGUCGAAGAGCGCUCGCCAAAGGCGCAGCCGUUUCUCCCUACGGUGCCGCCGCUCCUCCUGCAGCCGCCCGUACGUAGUGAGCCGUUUUCCUCACCUGUCCCUGACAGGCGCCCUCAGGGAGCCGCGGUCCGCGAUGUCAAGCGAGGAAAGCUACCGGGCCAUCCUGCGUUACCUGACGAACGAGCGCGAGCCGUACGCGCCGGGCACCGAGGGCAAUGUCAAGCGUAAAAUCCGAAAAGCUGCCGCCUGCUACGUGGUGCGCGGCGGAACUCUGUAUUACCAGCGGCGACAGCGGCACCGCAAGACCUUCGCGGAGCUGGAGGUGGUGCUGCAGCCGGAGCGACGCCGGGACCUCAUCGAGGCGGCGCACCUGGGUCCCGGCGGCACUCACCACACCCGGCAUCAGACCUGGCACUACCUGUCCAAGACGUACUGGUGGCGAGGUAUAUUGAAGCAAGUCAAAGAUUACAUUAAACAGUGUAGCAAAUGCCAGGAGAAACUAGAUCGAUCCCGUCCAAUAUCAGAUGUUUCAGAAAUGCUGGAAGAAUUGGGACUAGACCUUGAAUCUGGAGAAGAAAGUAAUGAAUCAGAAGAUGAUAUGAGCAACUUUACUUCAUCUCCAACUACAGCGUCCAAGCCUGCAAAAAAGAAGCCAGUAUCCAAACAUGAACUUGUGUUUGUUGACACCAAAGGAGUGGUAAAACGUUCUUCUCCAAAACAUUGUCAGGCUGUCUUAAAACAGCUGAACGAACAGAGACUUUCCAACCAGUUCUGUGAUGUUACUUUGUUAAUUGAAGGAGAAGAGUACAAAGCUCAUAAAUCCGUUUUGUCAGCAAAUAGCGAGUAUUUUCGAGAUCUUUUUAUUGAGAAAGGAGCUGUUUCCAGUCAUGAGGCUGUGGUGGAUCUUUCUGGUUUUUGUAAGGCCAGCUUCCUUCCUUUACUGGAAUUUGCCUAUACUUCUGUACUAAGUUUUGAUUUCUGUAGCAUGGCUGAUGUAGCCAUCUUAGCUCGUCAUCUUUUUAUGUCAGAAGUCUUAGAGAUUUGUGAAAGUGUACAUAAGCUAAUGGAAGAAAAGCAGCUAACAGUAUAUAAGAAGGGCGAAGUACAAACAGUUGCAUCCACCCAGGACUUACGAGUACAGAAUGGAGGUACAGCACCUCCUGUGGCUAGCAGUGAGGGAACCACAACAAGUUUAUCUACUGAACUUGGGGAUUGUGAAAUUGUACUACUGGUAAAUGGAGAAUUGCCAGAAGCUGAGCAGAAUGGAGAGGUAGGACGACAGCCUGAGCCCCAGGUUUCUUCAGAGGCUGAAUCUGCCCUGUCAUCGGUAGGAUGUAUAGCUGAUUCCCAUCCUGAAAUGGAGUCUGUUGAUUUAAUAACAAAAAACAACCAGACAGAACUAGAAACUUCAAACAACAGAGAAAAUAACACAGUUUCUAAUAUACACCCUAAACUUUCGAAAGAGAAUGUAAUUAGUAGCUCGCCAGAGAGUAGUGGUAUGGGAAAUGAUAUAUCAGCUGAGGAUAUUUGUGCUGAAGACAUUCCAAAACAUAGGCAGAACGUUGACCAGCCUUUAAAAGAUCAGGAAAAUCUAGUUGCAUCAACAGCAAAGACAGACUUUGGCCCUGAUGAUGAUACUUACAGAAGCAGGCUUCGACAACGUUCUGUUAAUGAAGGGGCAUAUAUUCGACUACACAAGGGAAUGGAGAAAAAGCUGCAGAAACGGAAAGCCGUUCCCAAGUCAGCAGUUCAACAGGUGGCUCAGAAGUUAGUUCAAAGAGGAAAAAAGAUGAAACAGCCAAAAAGAGAUGCUAAAGAGAACACAGAAGAAGCAUCUCAUAAAUGUGGGGAAUGUGGAAUGGUUUUUCAGAGACGAUACGCCCUUAUAAUGCACAAACUGAAACAUGAAAGAGCUAGAGAUUACAAAUGUCCAUUGUGUAAAAAACAGUUUCAGUACAGUGCCUCUUUGCGAGCACAUCUUAUUCGUCAUACCAGAAAAGAUGCACCCUCUUCAUCCUCGUCCAAUUCCACAUCUAAUGAAGCAUCGGGAACAUCAUCUGAGAAGGGCAGAACCAAGCGGGAAUUUAUAUGUUCCAUAUGUGGAAGAACAUUACCUAAAUUGUAUUCUCUCCGAAUACAUAUGUUGAAGCACACAGGUGUAAAGCCACAUGCAUGCCAGGUCUGUGGAAAGACUUUUAUCUAUAAGCAUGGUCUAAAAUUACAUCAGAGUCUUCAUCAAUCACAGAAGCAGUUCCAGUGUGAACUAUGUGUUAAGUCAUUUGUUACCAAACGGAGUCUUCAAGAACAUAUGAGUAUUCACACAGGAGAGUCCAAGUACCUUUGCUCAGUUUGUGGAAAGUCUUUUCAUAGGGGCUCUGGACUCAGCAAGCACUUCAAGAAACACCAACCAAAGCCUGAGGUUCGAGGCUAUCAUUGUACUCAAUGUGAAAAAAGUUUCUUUGAAGCUAGAGAUCUUCGCCAGCACAUGAACAAACAUCUUGGUGUGAAGCCAUUCCAGUGCCAAUUUUGUGAUAAGUGCUAUAGUUGGAAGAAAGAUUGGUAUUCCCAUGUGAAGUCUCAUUCUGUCACUGAGCCUUAUAGGUGUAAUAUAUGUGGCAAAGAAUUUUAUGAAAAAGCUUUGUUCAGAAGGCAUGUAAAGAAAGCUACCCAUGGGAAGAAAGGAAGAGCAAAGCAAAACCUGGAACGGGUGUGUGAAAAAUGUGGAAGAAAAUUCACUCAGCUAAGAGAGUAUAGGAGACACAUGAACAACCAUGAAGGAGUUAAGCCAUUUGAGUGCUUAACAUGUGGAGUAGCUUGGGCUGAUGCCCGAUCUCUAAAACGCCAUGUCAGAACACAUACUGGUGAACGGCCAUAUGUCUGUCCUGUAUGUAGCGAAGCCUACAUAGAUGCUCGAACACUCCGUAAACAUAUGACUAAAUUCCACAGAGACUAUGUGCCUUGCAAAAUUAUGCUGGAAAAAGACACCCUUCAGUUUCAUAACCAAGGAACUCAAGUGGCACAUGCUGUUAGCAUCUUAACAGCAGGCAUGCAGGAACAAGAAAGCAGUGGUCCUCAAGAACUUGAGACUGUGGUAGUGACAGGAGAAACUAUGGAAGCUCUGGAAGCUGUUGCAGCUACUGAAGAGUAUCCAUCAGUAUCUACACUUUCUGACCAAAGUAUUAUGCAAGUGGUUAAUUAUGUAUUAGCACAACAGCAAGGACAGAAGCUAUCUGAAGUUGCAGAAGCCAUUCAAACUGUUAAAGUAGAGGUAGCACAUAUUUCAGAAGGAGAAUGAGUAUGUUAAUGAAGAUAAAAAGAAGUGACAUCUCUUGUACACUGAACUCACAGAACAUUUGUUUACAAUUCUGUGUGACUGUCUGCUUGGAGUUUACAUAUCAAAGUUCUGGGCUGUUUGGUAACGUAAUGUUUCCAAACAUUUUGUCUGGCCAAUGGGUUCUAUAGGAAAGUCCAUUUAGUGUAAAGAAAUUGAAAACAGAUCUAUUAGGUUGGUGCAAUUGCUUUUGCACCAACCUAAUAUUUGAUGGCAGUGGUUUAUCAUGAUAUACCUUUUAUGAAUUAAUGUUUAUAAAUGACUGUACUGAAUUUAAAACUGUACAGUUUCAUUUGCAUUUUGACAUUAUUAUACAUUUUGCAUUUAAAAGGCCGCACCAGUUGGCUUUUCUUCUGUUUUAUUCUCAAAAUACAGAGAUUCUGUGAUUUAUUUGCCCUGUUUAUGGAUUAAAAAGAAAAUUCUAAUAUAAAGCAUUUCAAUAGGAUGCAAUAGGUAUAUUACGUUUUUUAAAUGCUUUAGAUCUGUGAUUCUUGACUUACUAUUUAUUUUAUCCCCUUUUAAGUCAGGGAUUCUUUAUUCUGUUUUAAAGCACUUAAUGAGUUACAUGUUGUAAUCAAGUUUGCACAAUAUAUUUAUCUAUAUGAGGAACCCAUAAAUGAAUAGCUAAUUUUUAAAAUGCCAUUAAAAUGCAUGAAAUGCUUAUUAAAACCUUACUAUACUAUUUCUUCAAGGCAAGUAAAUUGACCAUGAGAAAAGAACCCAGUUAUUAAACACUGUUGACGGGAAAAUUCUCCUUGAUAACAUAGGACAAUUAAUGGAAAAAAAAAUUCUCAUUAUUUGCAAAGAAUGAACAAGUUAAUGAACAAACAAGCUAGGUUUGGUAUGUUUUCAGCUUUUGUAUCAUGUUUAGUUGUUUAAUUUGGUUGAAAAACUGCAGUUGAGAAAUCGGAUAGCAAUAUAGACAUUCACAGCAGCUCUGUGGAUACCAUGUAAUUGUCAGGUAAUUUCAGAAUGUUGAAAAUUAUUCAGUGCAGCCCUCAGUAUCAUACUUGAAGAAAUUGAUUACAGUUCCACCAAAUUGUUGAAGAUAAAUUAUUUUUAAAGGUUAUGAAAACUAAGUUAUAUUAAUUCAUAUGUUUGAUUUUUAAAUCCCACCUCCUCAAGCUAUCCAAUUUUCUGACUUUGAAAAUAACCAUGAGAGAUGCCACAUUUCUCUCUGGGAACCUACCACUCAAAGUAUAAUUGUUAAAAAUUAAGCUUUUAGGUAUUAGAAGCUGUUAUAAAGUAUAAAAUUAAGAUAUAAGCAGAUCACAUGUAAAUCAUUCCUAAAGCACAAGAAAAGAAUGUGCCUUGAUGUACAUAUAUUACUAAGUUGCCUCUCCCAGUUUACUUUAAAAAUGGCUUUAAGGAUAAAGAAUAAAUGUGAUAGCUGUGCAUGCAUUAUAUAUUUGCAUUUGCAAAUUUCCCAUUGUUUUAAUAGCUGUGUGGCUGACUUUCAAUUUUAAGACGUGAAUUGACAUACAGCCCAUAACUUUAUAAUGGUUGCUCAUUUAUCUUAUCUUUCAGUUAGUGAAAAAUCAUUUCAGCCUGAGUAAGAUUUGGAAUUGUGUCUUUUAUGUUCCAUCCUCUGUUGUUACUAGAUUUAGUUUAAAAAUUGUGUAUGACCAUUAAUGUAUGUCAUAAACAUGUAAAUAAAAGAUGUUGAAUCUUGUUGAAAAGCA